AUGUUCAAAAGGAAAUCCAAUUCACAUACAGUCUCACCUCUAGAACCCCCCCAACUAUCACCGGCCAGUACGGACGUUUCUUCCUUUAGGUUCCAGCAGCAGCAGCAUCCUCAAGAUAGCUGGGGCAGGGGUCAGCCUCAAUCUGGACUGUCGCCCCCGUUGCAGGUGGAACGGACCACCACCAGAGGAUCGAGCGGAACCUCUGGGACGGGCAAGGAGAAGAGGAGAAGUGGAUUCUUCGGAUUGAGUGGGAAGAAAGAUAAAGAGAAAGCAAAGGAAAAGGAAAAGGAUAAAGAGGAUAAUCGACCCAGACACUCUUUCAACGUUGACCGAAACUCAACUCAGGCUCAUGUACCUAAUGGUAAUGUCAUAAGACCACAGGAAGGGAAUGCACCGUAUCACAGGGAUAACAGGAUGAGUCAACAACCCCAACCACCUGGACAGAUAGGUAGUCCACCUCCACCUCAGCAACCUUAUUCGCCAUCACCACCUAUACCACCUCAUCAACAACAGCAACAGCAGCAGCAACAACGAGCAGUAUCUGGUCCUGGUCAAUUCAGACCCAACGACGAUUUCCUCCCUCCACAAGGUAGUGGGACUGUACCCAAAUCGCAAUCUAUGGGAUUUGCUCGACCUCAAUCUCAAUCACAUGCACCACCACGACAACAAUCGUUUUCUAAUCCUGCUCAAGACACAGGUGCAGAUCCCAAUCAGAGAAUGCCAAGAUCAUCUUCCAUGCCGAUAGAUCAGCAUACACCACCUGCACCAGCUGCUAAAAUCAACUCACCCAGAAACUCUUCCCUUAAUGGUCCUCCUCCCGGUGCCGCGAGCAAUCCGAACCCAACUUUUGGUGGGGUCCUGAAGCGUUUUGAUAGGAUUGUAGAGUUGAUAGCUCAUCAACCUCAGAAAACGUAUGUCACCAGUCCGCCAGAGUUGGAGAUGAUUCUAGCGAGAACCAGUGCGGGUGGACAGCCCAAACAAGGUCAGCCGGGAACUGCUGCUAAUGAUUGGGAUGCUGUAUGGUUACAACUUUCUGGAAUAUCGCUCUCAAUGUGGUCUAUGAAAGAAACUCGUCUGGCAGCUUCGAAAGGAGAGAAGGUACCCCCAACAUACUUCAACGUCACUGACUCCUCACUCGAAUUACUUGCACCUCUUCCUCCUCCACCUCAUCGACCCACUUCUCAUCCACACCAUCACGUCUUCUCGCUCAACACAGCUGGGUCCAAUCGAUUACUCUUCUCGUGCCCGUCCGAGCGAGAUUUGGCCAAGUGGGCUAUCGGCUUACGUCUAGCGGCAUGGGAAAGAUCGAGGUUGGAAGAGAUCUAUACUGGACAUCUGAUCCAGUCUGGUGGGACAGAACCUAAAUCUGAUCUAGUCAAAGGUAGAAUGGAAGGAUGGGUCAGGGUGAGAGUGAUGGGAGGAACAGAUUGGAAGAGAUUAUACGUCGUGUUGAGUGUACCUGGAUCAGACGAGGCUAGUAAAGAUGAUGAGAAGAAGGGACGCAGGAAGAGUUUCUUUGGUAUGGGUGAUAAAGAGAAAGAUCAACCUGUACAAGAACCGAAUACCGGUGUAGCGAUGGCUACGUUUUACAACGAGCCUAGAACAGCGAAGAACAAAACUUCUGUCACUCCUGUUUUGACCAUCACGAACGUCACUCAAUGCUACUCUGUCUUCCCCGAACGUCUAGAAGUCAUGUCAUCAUCGAAUCUGUGCAAGGUUGUUGGUCGAGUAUCUGGAGAUAUGGUGACCAUCGAAGGAAGACUCCGUGAUUCGGGAUGGGCAUUGUUGAUGCCUGAAGGACCUGGUGAUGGACCCAGUGGGGAAAAAUCACACCAUCAUGGUCAGAACGGUACCACACCGUUGAGCAAUAUGAUGAAAUGGGUCACAGGCUUCCAUGACGUAUUCGGUCUUUAUGGUAGACCAGAGAAGUAUAAUUGGGACCCAAGGAAUCCAAAGAGUCUGUUCUUCGCCUACCCUCAAGGUGAGGAUAGAACCAACCUCUUCCUCUCCAUCGAUGAAGCUAUGAUGUCCGACUUCCGCAUACCUCAACUCCCCUCCGUCAGAGCCACCUUUGCCAACCUGGUUCAGCGUAAGAUCGAAGGUCAGUUACGCGUGGCAAAUGAAACUGUCGAUCAACGGGAAGAGGAGGUGGAAGAAGAGGAAAAACCUACACCUCGGCCUGAAGGAGAUUAUCGAUUGCCACCUUUGACAUUUGGUGACAAUCCUUCAGGUACAGGUCAAGCUCCAGAUACACAAGUCCGUCCUCUAACGCCCAUCACCGAACGAACAGACAUUGCCACUCGCGAGAACAGUAUGCGUACCAUGAAAAGUCAAUUCACCGCAGCUGGUAUCGCCGCUCCUUCUGCUGGCGUCGCACCUUCUGGAGAUAGAAAGGCUAGUGGAGGAAGCUCGAAACAGGGAUCUCAAGGAUCAACAAGGCAAACGGCCUCCUCUAUCGGAGGCGAUCUUGCUCCUAUUGCGGAUGCUUCCAACGAAGGAUUCGGUCAACUCACUGAAGAACCUGAGAAGACCGAGGUGGUCAAUGAAGGCUCGAGGAGUCCAGCACCAAGGACAGCUACCACGGAAACCGCGCCCACGGUUUGGUCGCAGGAUACUGGAACGACUCCCACGCCUCAGAGCGCCAAUCAAUCGUCUUCUACUCAUCAUCAUUUCCAGCAUUCUCAGCCUCUCAAUGCCAUCGACUCUACACCAUCCUUGCAACAUUCUCAAGGUUCGGACGAAACCACCAAGCAUGUCCCUUCCUCUCUCAAGCCCGCUUCACCACCUCCUGCUUUGGCUCAACCGAUAGUGGAACCACACGUCCUGUCACCUACGCCUAGAAGGGUGUCGACCGAUGGAAAGGUGGAUGUCAACGGAGGAAUUCACGAAGAGCCAGCUGCGCUCUACUUGAUGAAUAUGGUUGAAGAUCAGCCUACUACCGCCCCACUCAAUGUACCCAAAUACGGUGGACAUGGCAAAUCCCCAUCACCCGAAAGAACACGUCCAACCAUCAACACCGAUCUUGACCCUGUGACGAAGCAGCCACGACCCGAAGUCGGAAGGAAACCUUCCGGGGCUCGAGCGGUUCCUCCUCGGAAGAAUAGCGGAUCGAGAAUUCUCGAUCCUGUCAACGACGAAAGUUCUGCGGUCGACGAAGCUACAGCAGGAUCAGAAGCCAUACCUCAUGAAGGCGGUCAUGGUCGAUUCCCCACUUCCUCCACGCAAGCUGAUCUAGGAGAAGACAUUUCUGCUUUCAUGAACUAUGCAGAGGCUCCUGCUUCCCCUGUUAAGCCUAAAGCACCUGCACCCGCUCCACCCACUCUGACUAAGCCGAAGGAUGAGUACAGGUCGUCAUUCGCGCCAUCCAAAGCUGCUGCUGAACGAAGAGCGAAAGCAGAACAAGCCGACCUCGAUCAACAGAAUGCUAGAAACCUCCCUGGUGGAGGUAGGAGGAGAGCGGCUGCUAAAUCUGAAUCCAGUGAGAGCGAAUCGGAUGACGAAGAGGAAGAAGAGGUUUCCCCAGUCGAAAAGAGACACCCUCAUGGAUUGCCCAUCCCUCCUAUAUCACCUCAGGCUCCUCGGACCAGGCAAUCCGAUCCGCCUGUUCAACGAUCCACCUCCCGAGCUCUACCUCCUGUUCCUCGUGCUCCAGAACUGAGAGGUCCCAAUGGCGAGGAUUUCCCGCACGAAAGAGAAAGCUACUACCCUUCUCAAAGUCAACAACAAUCGUCUGAUUUGCCUAGACCGCGAUCACGAUCACCUAUGGGAGCAGCUUCUUCUGUGUACAGCAGUUUACCAGCUCCUAUCCCCGCUGGCAUUAGGAAUGUCAGUCAAUCUCAGCCUCAACCUCCACCACCCGCCACGAGACAAACUGUAUGGAACGCGAAUUUCUCAGCCGACCACGGUAUGCCUCAGGAGAACAGAUCUGGUAAAUUCGUAGAAUUGGAAGAACCCUCUGUGCAGUUGACUAAAGCUUUCGCACCUCAUGGAUUACUCCAGGCUGGAAUGCAGGAUAAGGAAGAUAGAAGUGCGAAGAAACAGGAGGAGGUGGCUAGGGAAACAGGAAGUUCGCUUAUCAACGUACCCUCCAAACCCCCUCCACCUCAAAUGGGUUUAUUAGGUGCUGUUGCUGCUCAUGAGAAGGAGAGGAAGAAUGCUGGUGGAAUUGGUGCGACCCUGACCGAUCGAGAGAGGGAGAAGAGGCUAGCUGAGGAUCGACAACGUGAGAUUGAGAAACUGCAAAGACAACAGAUGGAACACAUGCGACAAUUUGGCGGAGGUGAUAUGUACGGUCAACAGCAAUUCCCGUACGGCAUGCAAUCGCCCAUAGGUAUGAAUAUGGGCAUGGGAAUGGGUAUGAUGGGAAUGCCACAGAUGGGAUAUCCAUCAUACCAGGGUGGAUUCAACCCCUACGCCCAACAACAAGCUAUGAUGGCGGCUCAGAUGGCAUAUCAGCAAGCUAUGAUGAUGUCCUCGGCGGGAUCCCAAGCAGGCGAUCAUCAAGAUUUCCCUCAGCCCCACUCGGGAUCAGCUACUCCUGGAGGUAUGCCUAAUAACAACAGGGCAUCGUCACCUGCAGGAAGUACUCGAAGUAACAAUUUCUCUACACCUCCACCCCAGAUGCCUCAGUUUUACCCUGGUCAACAGUCUUUCUACGGACCACCAAUGAUGGGAGGUAUGAACAUGGGAUCACCCAUGAUGCAACCAUGGAUGAUGCAACCUCCUCAAAUGUGGGGGGGAUCACCAUCACCUGGUCCAGGACUUGGAUCUGGCGCACCUAGUCCUAUGAACUUGAAUCAGAACCAAAAUCAAAAUAGAUUCGACUGGUUAUCGCCCAACCAACCUGGACCGGGUAGUCAAGGUGGUGCGAGUGAUGGAGGAGCGGGAGCAGAUAGAAGAUCAAGAUUGAGUAGUAACAACACGGCUGAUGAGAGGUAUCAUAAUGCCUCAUAA